AUGAAGAACAAGCAGCAACAGCAGACACCAAAGAAGCAGAAGAAGCAGCAACAGGAUCAUCAGAGUAAGUCCAGUACAACUGCCGGCCCCAUCACUAACCGUCACUAUCAGCAACAUCAUCAACAUCAUCAACUUCAGCAACUGCUGCCGUCGCAACAGCAGCCGCAACAGCAGCCGCAGCAACAACAACAACAACAACAACAACAGUCACAACCUAAUCAACAGCAGCAGCAGCAGCCGGCGCAGCUCCAGCAAAAGAAAAAUCUCGAUACCAUGUUGAGCUCGUCCUAUUACAUUUACAUGUCGGCCGGAACUCAGCUGCAGAUGGCACCACAAACGACAAUAGUACAACAAGUUGGCCAGGACCAAACGCACCACCAUCCACAUCACAUGCAGCAGCAGCACUAUAGCGGUGGCCAGCAGCAGCAGCAGCAACAUUCGCAAGUAACCGCAUCUCAGCAGACUUCCGCCGCCGCCGCAGCCCUGGCAGCCGCUGUUGGCAACCUCUCUACGGUAGCAACAACUUCGCUGACCGGCGGCGGAAGUGGUGGUGCGACUGGAAGUGGAAACGGGCCGCUGCACCAUCAUCAUAACAACAAUAAGGACCAGGACUCGAACAUGAGCACUGGUUCGUCGCAUAGUGAUAAGGAACUAGAGGCGAUCGCGGUAGCAACAGCUGCUGCCACAGCCGCUACCGCUACCUGCACCUGUGGCGUCGCCACAGCGCCCACGCCCGAGAAGGUGGCGCGAGUUCCAGCGGAGCGAAAGCGCAAGCGGAAAGCCCCCGACGAUAAUGGUGGGCCCGGCGGAGGAGGAGGAGGAGCAGCUGGUGGAGGAGUAGAAACAGCGGCGGGUAUCGUCGAUGCCCGCGGAGGAGGUGUUGGGGGGGCCGCGGGGGUUGGCGGCCAUUUACGUGAUAGUAGAGAUAAUGUUAAGGGCCCGCGGCUCUCUUUGCCGCUCAGUGAUACUAAGAUAAAUGAUUACUUUCCCAAACAACAACCACCGGCGGGCACGCUGCUCCGUGCGCAUCCUGCUGUAACGGUUGCGACAACGGGGGCCGGUAGUGCGCAGCCGGCCGGAGGCCGAGGAGGGCCGACCAACUCCUCCUCGACCAGUACCGGCGGUGGAGCCGGUAUAAUAGGAGCAAUAAACAAUUCAUCUGCGGUCGUCGUCGUCGACGGUGGUCAGACUAAUCAGAUCUCCCAACAUCUUCCCGUGGUCGGGAGUAGUGCGGGAGGUGGUGGGUCCGGUGGUGUCAGUCCCACACCCCAGCAGCAGCAGCAGCAGCAGCAGGAUCCAUUUAGCCGACCACAGCGGCAACCGACAUCGGUUAACGCUUCCGUGUUAGUUCCUCCUUCUUCAUCCGCUGCCACGGCAGCGGCAGCAGCAGCGGCAGCAGCAGUUGCGGCGGCCGCCGCAGCCAUGUCCGCCCUCACCCCAACUGCGUCAUCGACCGGUACGUCGAUACUGAACGCGUCGGCGGCGGCGACGGCGGCACUACCGGGCGUCGUUUCUGUCGUUUCCUCGGCACCUCAGCAAAAGACUAAUUCGGCACAACCUGCCCAGCUACAAAAGCAACUACAACAGUCAUUGUCACAGCAGCAGCAGCGUGAGCAGAAACAGUCAACGACGCACUCGACGGUGCAGCAACAUUCUAUUGCUGGGUCGCAAACGAACGGUGGCGGCGGCAGCGGCGGAGUGUCCGGAGCAUCAUCGGGGCAGUCUCAAAUGACACUCCCAAAUUCGUUACAGAAGCAGCAAACCGCGGUGGUGGUGGCGGCGGCGCAACAGACCGCGACCAUCACCACUGGUGGCGGCGGCGGCGCCGGUGGCGGUAUGCAGCAAUCGUUACAAAACACCUCCCAGCACCACCCUUCCGGGCAGCAAAGUAAGAGCACUGGUGGCGGACUGGGGACGACUACCAAAAGCGGUAUUCCCACGUCGUCGGCGGCUGCGACGGCGGUGGUGGUAGUGACUUCGUCGGCGGCCACCGUGAUACCUAGCGGCGUUGCUGCUGCUGCUGCUGCUGCCGCCGCCGCCGCCGCUAACCACCACCUCAGCACUACUGGAGUGGGUAGCGAGGGAGGUGGCGGUGGUAUCGUCCUUCCAUUGUCCGGCAGCAGUAACAUCAACCUGUUACUCAGUAGCAGUAGCAACAGCAGUAAUAGCAAUAACAGCAGCACCGGCAGCACCAGCAACGGGGCCGCCGCCGCCGCCGGGGAUGGUACAGCAGGAGGAGGUACCGUUGGCGGAGGUGCCAGCAAAGCGUCCAUCGCUUCGUCCCUCGCCGCCGGCGGAGGAGCGGCUGUGCUGGGUAGCGGGAACAGUUCCACCGGCGCAGCGCAAGUGCCGACGGCGGGAUCACCGUCGACACUCUCCGCCCCGACGUCAGCGCCGGAGGCGGGGGGGACCGCCGGGGUUUCAGCGUCCGCGGCAGCAUCGGCUUCGUCGCUGGUGACGACCGCCGUGGCGGCGGCGCCGCCACCGAUCAUGGCCACGAAGCAGGUGCAGACCGAUCUGACGCAGGCGGACAUUAGCGAACGGGAGCACGACUUCGAUGCGAGUCGGACCCGUGUCGAUGAGCUGGCGCGACUGUCGGACGAGCAGAAGUGUCAGAUCAGCACACACCAAAAAGUGAUCGAGCAGCACAAGAGCCACAUCAACAAGUGCAUCGAGGUGGUGAAAAAGCUGCUCAAGCAGAAGAGCAACAUCGAGAAGAAGGAGGCGCGCCAGAAGUGCAUGCAGAACCGGUUGCGGCUCGGCCAGUUUGUGACGCAGCGUGUCGGCGCCACCUUUCAGGAAAACUGGACCGACGGUUACGCAUUUCAGGAGCUCGCAAAGCGCCAGGAAGAGAUAACGGCAGAGCGGGAGGAAAUCGAUCGGCAGAAAAAGCUGUUGAUGAAGAAGCGCCCCACCAACAGCGAGGGUGGUCGGAAGCGCAACAACAACAACAGCGGCAACACCGCAUCGUCGGCGUCCGCGUCGGCUACCGGCGGGGGAACUGCAACCGGUGCCGGUGGCGGUGGGAUCGGUGGUAGCGCUAGCGGUGCGGGUGGGGCUUCCAGCGGUAGUAACGGUGGAGGCAGCGGCGGGGGCAGCAACGCAGGAUCGACCGGGGGGUCGUCACUGCACAACGGCAACGACAGCACGUUCCUGAAGCCCGACCCGGUCGUCAGUAGCGGCUCGACCUUUACGCUCCAGGAGUACUACGAGUGCGACGAGAUACUGAAGCUGCGCCAAAAUGCGCUCAAAAAGGAGGAUGCCGAUCUGCAGCUGGAGAUGGAAAAGCUGGAACGGGAGCGAAACUUACACAUCAGAGAGCUUAAGCGGAUACACAACGAGGAUCAGUCACGAUUCAACAAUCAUCCCGUACUGAACGAUCGGUACCUGCUGCUGAUGCUGCUUGGUAAAGGAGGAUUUUCCGAGGUGCACAAGGCGUUUGAUCUUAAGGAGCAACGUUACGUCGCGUGCAAGGUGCAUCAGCUGAACAAAGACUGGAAGGAGGAUAAGAAAGCCAACUACAUUAAGCAUGCGCUGAGAGAGUACAACAUACACAAGGCUCUCGAUCAUCCACGUGUUGUGAAGCUGUACGACGUGUUCGAAAUCGAUGCGAACUCCUUCUGCACCGUGCUCGAGUACUGCGACGGACACGAUCUGGACUUUUACCUGAAGCAGCACAAAACGAUUCCUGAGAAGGAGGCGCGCUCGAUCAUCAUGCAGGUUGUGUCGGCACUGAAGUAUUUGAACGAGAUCAAGCCCCCGAUCAUCCACUACGAUCUGAAGCCGGGCAACAUCCUGCUAACCGAGGGUAACGUGUGCGGUGAGAUCAAAAUUACCGACUUUGGUCUGUCGAAGGUGAUGGACGAAGAAAACUAUAAUCCCGACCACGGUAUGGAUCUCACGUCACAAGGUGCUGGAACUUAUUGGUACUUGCCACCGGAGUGCUUUGUUGUCGGCAAGAACCCACCGAAGAUCUCCUCCAAGGUGGACGUUUGGAGCGUAGGCGUUAUUUUUUACCAGUGUCUUUACGGGAAGAAGCCGUUUGGCCACAACCAGUCACAGGCCACCAUACUCGAGGAGAACACGAUCCUGAAGGCAACGGAGGUUCAAUUUGCUAACAAACCGACCGUCUCGAACGAGGCAAAGAGCUUUAUCCGCGGAUGCCUCGCGUAUCGGAAAGAGGAUCGCAUGGAUGUGUUCGCACUGGCGAAACAUGAGUAUCUGCAGCCGCCAAUAUCGAAGCAUAAUCGGUCGUCGAACCAGCAAAAUCAGCACGUUGGAGGUAACGUGACCAGCAAUAGUGGGCCCGGCGGGGGCGUUGGUGGCGGCGGCGGUGGCGGUGGUGGGGGCGGUGGUUCAGGUGGAUCAGGCGGUGCCGGUGGCAACCCGGGAGGCCAGCAAACCUCUUUCUCCACCGGCAUGUUCGGCAACAUGAACCAAUCGAGCUCGUCUUAG